ACGCGCACCCGUCGUGCACGCGCCCUCCGCGUCUAGUCUGGUCGCUCGUUCGCUGACAGCCAGCGGUGAAAACAUCAUCAGCCACCGCCUGCACUGGAUACAUUUACAGACAAACCGCGGAGACUUUGGGGCGAAUUACCGCUUUUUGUUUUUAUAUUAGUUGUUCGGUAAGAGCGUUUCGCGUGUUUAUUUGCGGCCUUGAUUUUUCCAGCGGAAAGAUGAACCCGUUGUGUAGUAGAUGUAACCGAGUCGUGUAUCCUACGGAAAAAGUGAAUUGUCUCGACAAGUACUGGCAUAAAGGAUGCUUUAGCUGUGAGGUAUGCAAGAUGACCCUAAACAUGAAGAACUACAAAGGCUUUGAGAAGAGACCAUACUGCAAUGCACACUACCCGAAAACGUCAUUCACCAGUGUUGCUGACACUCCAGAAAACCUGCGCCUGAAACAGCAGAGCAAGAUGCAGAGCCAGGUUCUCUACAAGGAGGAGUUUGAGAAGAACAAAGGAAAAGGCUUCAGUGUUGUGGCUGACACACCAGAGAUGCAGAGAAUCAAGAAAACACAAGACCAGAUCAGCAAUAUUAAAUACCAUGAGGAGUUUGAGAAGAGUAGAAUGGGAGGAGAGGCUCCACCUCAACAUCAUCCACCACAGCAGCAGCAGCAACAACAACACCACACACCUCCAGCAUAUCAGCCCCCAGCUGCAUCGCAGAACUACCAUUAUGAGCCUGAACCGGUGCGUCAAGCCGCUGCUGCUCCACCACCCAGUUCUGGGAAGCGCUACCGGGCAGUGUAUGACUACGUCGCGGCGGACGAGGACGAAGUCUCGUUCCUGGACGGAGACGUGAUCGUUGACGUGCAGCCAAUCGAUGAAGGGUGGAUGUACGGCAGAGUGGAGCGCACUGGUCAGCAAGGCAUGCUGCCCGCUAACUAUGUGGAGUCCAUCUGAGAAGGAGAGUGAGAGAGGAAUAGAGAGGUGAAGUUAGAGAGAGAGAGAGAGAGAGAGAGAGAAAGUGGAAAAAGGGAGAGCAAGAUGAAGAUAAAGAGAGAGAGAGAGAGAGAACGAGAGGGAAAAAGAGAAAUGGAUUACAAGAAGCCCAGUGCCAUCUCAUAUUUUUAAAAGAGCUUUUUUCUUAUUUUCUUGUUCGUGCUAUCCUAUUAAUGUGUCUAUGCUGAGAACUCAUGCAAAACAAACACACAUAUGCAUACAUAAACACACACAGUUACACACAUAGUGUAUAGACGUAUUAUGUACACGGGGUGCAUACCCUUUUAUUGCUCUGCCUGCUCUGUUUCUCUUCUCUGUUGCUCCCUCUUUUGCUCUUGCUGUCCAACUGUCUGUUAUUUUCUUGUGUUUCUUCAAGUCUCAGAGAGGUGCUGUCACAAGUGGCACUUAACGUCUUAAUGACACAUAAACACACACACACACAGGCCGCUGAUUUUUUUAUCAAGGCCCGCCAUAGAGCACUUCGUGAACAUACAGCCCUAGACGCCGCGUCAAUCAUUCCACACUUGCCAUGACAAUGAGAAUCUGUUCCAAUCGCUGUCGCUGAUCUCUUUUACUUUUACUUUCUUGCUGUGUCUUCUUCGCAGCCUGUCGUUGGUUGUAUCUUAUCAUUCUGGCCCAUCGUGGCAUCUCACUGGUCGUGCAGUAGUAAUGCUUGAACAUGAGACUUCUGAUCAUUCCAUUUUGUUCCACUCAAUCUUAAAGCAUAUCCAUCAGACCUCUUGCAUCAUGGGUAUUGUAGUGAAACUGGAAUAUAUAUUAUAUAUAUAGAUAUAAAUAUGAAAAGAAAAAAAAAGAUCCUCCCAGUCUGGCCUCGGUUCUUGUAUGGGUGUAGAAUAAAGAUGAUAGAGAUGAUAAAGAGGGACCCUGCUCAUAAUAAAGCAUGGUGUUGUCGUUGUGUCUUCAACACUUAACGCUUAACACAUCUCAGUGCCAUCACUUAAUAAUAAUAUAGAUGUAGAUUUAAGUAUGUUUAAUUUGGUUCCGCUAGAUUCGCAAUGCUGCUUUGAAGUAAAAAAAAAAAAAGGGGUAAAGCAGUGUUCUCUAUCGUAAAGUAAAAAAAUAAAUAAAUAAAUAAAACACCCAGCGGUUAGCUAAAAGCAGAACUGUAGUACCAGGAAAUAAGGGGAGAAGAGCCUAAGCACAAUUAAAGGGUUCAGUUUUAUUCUUAUUAUUAUUGUUAAUAUUAUUAUUAUUAUUAUUAUAGGUUGACACCGAUUAAGCCUAGUCCUGGACUAAAUUUCACUGUUAACGUUGAUUCUCUGGAAAAAUAUACUGCUUUGUAGUCAUAGACUAAGCUAAAUCUGUAUCGAGAGCUAGCCCUAAAAUCUUAAAAACAUUUUGUUUUUCAUUUUUUAUUAUUUUAAAUGUAUUAUUUUUCUGUGUUCUGGAACAUUCCAUGUGCAGCAUAUGAUCAUGUAUCUCAGUGCUGUUUUUUUUGUAUCACAUUAUUUUAUAAUUUUUUUUCUUUCCUUCCCCCAUACCAUGCUUAUUCUCAUUGCCUUGUUGGUAUUGUAUGAGGCGGAAUUGUAAUGUCAGUUAAUCAACAAUAGUGGAAUAAAACAGAUCUAUUUGUAUAUCAA